AACAGGUGUCGAGGACUGCCCAUGGAUGAAACGCAGCGAUAGGCGAUACUCUGGACUCCAGAUACGAGCGUCGGAUUUUGCGCGCAGUCGUCAUUUGGAACUGCGGUCAACAAGUGUGACAAUAGGUUUUCCUGCGGGUUUAAUUUUCUUUGAAGUUUCCUGCAUUUCCAACUGCGCUUUCUACCUGCGAGGAAAUGAGGGGAUUAUCAGCUGAUUAAGAAAGUCUCAUCACUUUGCUGGCAGCUCCUGCGCGUCCGCCGACUCUCCAGCUCCCAAAGUCCUUCAUCAUUUUGGCGGACGCGGGUUGGAGCGACACGAGAGAAUUCUGCUUCCUCAGAAGCAUUUCUGAGGAUUAUAAAAAGCAUAUAUGAACCCAAUGCAGCCAGAGCAGGCUUGAAUCACACCCAGACUGAGAAAAUUGUUGUUAUUGUUCUGGAAACUGCACCUCUUUAAUAUGGACAGUGGAAUUAGGAUAAAGGUGAGAUAAAAUAAUAAAAAGAUUGUAUCAGGAAAAGAUGUCCGAUGAACUUUCUACGCUCAUGAUCAUGGCAUUAAAUGAGACAUCUACGUGAAGCCAAACCGUGCGCUUUUGCCCUAGAAGAAGAUCUUUCUUUGACAGAGCUGUCAUUUUGCUCCGUCCCCACAACAAACUGUGCCUCCAGCCUUUUCUCAGCGAGCUGAAAUUGACAGCACUCCUCGUUUUAAUACUUCUAAUAAGGUCCCUUCUCACGGUAACCGUCAGUGCCAGCCAAGGUUUUUGUCGUAGCCUGAAAACUAAACAGAGUGGGAGGACGUCGACGACUUAAAAGAAAAGUGACCAGACGUCAUUAGAUAAAUAAUUUGCCUACAGCGUUUCACCACAAACCUCCAACGUCAACAUUUUUUUGAUUUUGUGACGUUUUUUCAAAAAUCUUGUUUGUGGACUGGACAUCUUUACCAGUUCUCCUUCUUCUUUCUGUCCCGGCCAUCUCCCUCACACUUAGUGAUACCCUCUUCAUCCCCUCACUCCCCUCAUCUUUCUUUACCUUUUAAUCCACUGGUUCUCUGAGAGGCUUCAUCCUGGCCGGCACUAUUCCAGCCAAGGGGGAAGAGGACUUCCUAACGCUGGCCGCGUCACGGCUCAGCCGCAGAAAACGUGUCAUUGGAGCUGCUGUAGGUGUGGCCAUGGUUCUGAUACUCUUGGUGGCCAUUCCCCUGCUGGUCCAUACAACCAAAGGGGUUAAUGCCGCAAAUUCAGGGAGCCAUUAUGAAUUGCUUGGAAGCUGCCGGAUGGUAUGUGACCCCUACACCACCUCUCAGUCGAGCCAGGAGCUGGCGGCGGUGUCCCCACCGCCCCAGGACUACUCUGGGAAGAAGAUCAGAUCCGGGCUUCGCGGGCCUCCUGGCAUCCCUGGUCGUCAAGGAGAACGGGGACCCCCUGGAGAGCCAGGCAAACCAGGGCCACAGGGCCCCCCAGGUCCGGGUCCUGGCGGCUAUUCUCCCUCGCUCUACACUCCCAAAAUCGCCUUCUAUGCAGGGCUGCGCAAGCAGCACGAGGGGAGUGAAAUACUGAAGUUCGAUGACGUGGUGACCAAUGUUGGCAACUACUAUGAGCCCAGCACCGGCAAGUUCACCUGCCCGCUGCCUGGUAUCUACUUCUUCACCUACCACGUUCUAAUGAGAGGGGGUGACGGGACCAGCAUGUGGGCAGACCUGAAGAAAAAUGGACAGGUGAGAGCCAGCGCCAUCGCUCAGGACGCUGAUCAGAAUUACGACUACGCCUCCAACAGUGUGAUCCUGCAUUUGGACGUGGGCGAUGAGGUGUGCGUGCAGCUGGACGGAGGGAAGGUCCACGGAGGCAACACAAACAAGUACAGCACCUUCUCCGGCUUCCUCAUCUACCCAGACUGAGCCUAAUCCUCCCUCGCUGAGAGGGGAGCGGUCAGAGGGAGACAGAGCCACACUCACAUGUAUGUAUGCAAAUUCAUGCAGACACAUACAUACACACACACACACACACACACACACACACAUACACGCCCACACAUCAUGAGAUUUACAACAGGCUAGUGUGGCUCAAACAAAAAUCAAAGAGAAGUGGGAUUAAGUCAAAUCGUGUGAAAUUGAGCCAGUCAUCAUGAGCCGCCACAUUUAUUGGCUCCCAUUGUGUGCAAAUAGAAAUUUCUGAAUAUGUACAGUACGGUGUAACUGCACAUAACUUGCACGUUGUGGCUCUGAAAUGUCUCAAGUAUUAUAAUGUGUUUCAUAUUAACUGACGUCGUGAGAGCUGGAGUCACCAUCAGUCUGACGGCGGGAGUGCGACUAAACGAGCCGCCCAAGAUGACAAACGCACACUUAAUGUAUUCCAAUCUGUAACAGCAUCCACCACGUACCUGCUCACUCAUCCCUAUGACCUCUGAUCAAAGGCCCUCCUUUCUGUCGGAAGUGAUCUAUGUGAAAUAUUUUGGCCCGUGCUUCAAAGAGAAGCGCAGACGACGUGGAUUAAACCUUCGCUGCGACAGCCGCCGACUGAGACCAUCUCCACGAACGCACACGUUUGAAUUUUGCUUUCCUGUUCAUCAUCAUGACAAGACACGUGAACACGCGUCACGGACGGCACGUGGUGUGGUGAAGUUCGCCAGCUAGCUUUUAUUUUGGCACUAUUCUGUGUGCGUGCAUGUGAGUGUAUGUCACUGCGUUUGAGUGGAUAUAAACAGACACUGGGGCAGAAAAGACGUGAAUGCUGCAGCGUUUUACUGACAUUAAAUGUUGUAUAAUAUGUUACAGAGCCAUGGCUAUAAUUAAACUGCUAUACCUGCUUAGUACUUUAUUUUUGAGAGACCUGUCAGAGUGUUAUCACAUGUAUAAACACAGUAAUCUUGAGAUGGGCUGUCUGGAAUGUGGAAUAGGUCGAGUAGAUAAUAUUCCUAUUAAAACACUUACUGGAUACCUA